UAUUUCAUAAAGGUCACGUUACGGAAGUACUCGCUUAGGUCAGCCUCUUUCCUAUGUGAUCGCCUAGCGAAAACACCAUGCCUCUUGCACAAGAUCUACUAAACCCAACCCUUGAGAGUGAGAGGAGGAGGCACAAGAAGAAGCGUCUUGUGCAGAGUCCUAACUCAUACUUCAUGGAUGUGAAGUGCCCAGGCUGCUACAAGAUCACAACUGUGUUCAGCCAUGCACAGACAGUUGUUCUGUGCGUAGGUUGCUCAACCGUGCUCUGCCAACCCACCGGAGGGAAGGCACGAUUGACUGAAGGUUGCUCCUUCAGAAGAAAAGCCCACUAAAAUGGGAGUGUAGUGGGAGUGAAAAGGAGAAAACCGUGGGUUGAUGGGGCACCACACCUCAGUCCUGCUUGAAGAUCUUGAAGCAGUGGAAUGCAUGCAGCUAAGCGGAUGAGAGAAAGAACGAUAUAUCUGGGAUCCUGUACAUGUUAAUUAAUCACAACCAUUCUUGUAUAAUAGUAAUGGUGAUUGGCCAUAGCUGUUGAUUUCAAUCCAUUGCUUUUGCUAUAGACCAUUCAUCAUUUUUUUGGAUGGUAUAUAGCAAAGGAAGAAAAAAAUUUAUCGGCCGAUGAAACAAGAACUGUAAUCAUCAGGGAAAUUCUUUGCUAAAAAGUUUUUCAUUUUUCAUUUGGUAAACAUGUGCUCCUGUGAUGACAAGGGAAUGUACUUCGAGCUGUUGUGCAUGUAACAUAUGUCAUAUCAUUAAUAAACGGCUGUGGCUCAACCUUCUCACAAA